AUGGAAUGGGUGGUUCUGCCCAAUGGUGACGAACGCGACAUCGAGAUCAAGGACGCACUGUUCGUACCAAGUAUGAGCAAGAAUCUGCUUUUGGUACCACAGAUCAACAAGGGUGGCAGGUUCCAAGUCGUGUUCGAUGGAUCCAAGAUGCAAUUGAAGCGCGAGAAUUCCACACAAGUCGUGGCAACAACGGAUCUCGUCGAUGGACUUUACUGGCUGCGGACUCCUCAACGAUCGGCAAAUGCAGCAACACACAAUGGGACCAUCGACUUGCAUGCGCGCAUGGGUCAUGCACCCCUCGAAGUUCUGCGCAAGAUGGUGGCCACUGGCAUGAUCAAGGACGCCAAGGCACCUCUCAAGUCGACUGGUCCAAGUGUGUGUCGCGGUUGCCAGCAAGAAAAGAUGGUCCAAAAACCAUUCCCAACCAACCGUGACAAACGCCAAUAUGCUAGCGGUUGCAUGAAGGGCUUCUGUCUGCGGUCCAAGUCUGAGAGUGAAGACUGUAUCAAGAACCACAUCAUCAAGAUUCAAACUCAGUUCGGCACGAAGAUCAAGUUUGUUCGGCACGAUGGAGCGCAUGAGUUUGCGACCAACUCCAUCAAGACCUUCUACGAAGAUCAUGGUAUCGAACAACAGAUCACGGUGCCGUAUGAACACCAGACCAACGGCACCGCAGAACGCGCGAUAAGGACCAUCGUCACGAUCGGACGCAGCUUGUUGCAUCAUGCAAAGCUGGAGAAGUGUUUCUGGGAUGAAGCGGCAAUGACGGCGAUCUACAUCAAGAACCGCCUGCCUUCACCCAAGAUCGACCACAAGACUCCGUUCGAGAUCGUGUACAAGUCGAAACCAAGUGUCAAGCACAUGCGCGUGUUUUGA